GUCGGUGUGUGCUUUGAACUCGUUUUGGUUUAUCUCGCUUUCUCCCGUUCUCUAGCUCUCUUCUUCUCUCUUACUGAACAAAGCCGCCAUUGUUUCUCCGCAAAUUCUUCUCCUUCUUCUCCUUUUCUGCUAGAUCUGCUCUCCGAUCUUCAUCGCAUUCAAUGCUCCUCCGUUUUCUGCGCCAAUUACCGUGAUUCCAGUGACCCGACUCUUCUUCCUCUUCACUCUUUUUCAAUAUGAUUAUCUCUAGUCCCGUGACCCCUGGUCAGGUUUCCUGCCUGCUUGGAAUUAUUCCUGUCGUCGCCGCAUGGAUAUAUUCGGAGAUAUUGGAGUAUAGGAAAAAUUCAUUCACUUCCAAAGUUAGGACUUCGGAUGUCAAUUUAGUUGAAAUGAGUAGUGGUGCUGUUAAAGAAGAGGAUACGGUAGUUUUAUUAGAAGGGGGAGCCUUGCAGACAGGCUCUCCAAAAGCUCGAAGUUCCACAUCACCAAUUUUUCGAUUCCUUUUGAUGGAUGAAAGUUUUCUGAUUGAAAACCGUUUGACACUUCGAGCAAUGUCUGAAUUUGGUCUCCUUUUGGCUUACUUUUAUUUCUGUGAUCGUACAGAUCUGUUUAACUCAUCAAAAAAGAGUUACAACAGGGAUCUCUUCUGGUUUCUCUAUUCCCUCCUCAUCAUAGUUUCUGCAAUGACUUCUUUUAAGAUACAUCAUGACAAGUCUCCAUUCUCUGGAAAAUCCAUACUUUAUUUGAAUAGGCACCAGACUGAAGAAUGGAAAGGCUGGAUGCAGGUUUUGUUCUUGAUGUACCAUUACUUUGCUGCAUCUGAGAUCUAUAAUGCAAUUCGUAUAUUCAUUGCUGCAUACGUCUGGAUGACUGGCUUUGGGAACUUCUCGUAUUAUUACAUACGGAAAGAUUUUAGUCUAGCGAGGUUUGCACAGAUGAUGUGGCGGCUUAAUUUCUUGGUGUUGUUCUGCUGUGUUGUCCUUAACAACAGUUAUAUGUUAUACUACAUCUGUCCUAUGCAUACUCUUUUCACUCUCAUGGUUUAUGGGGCACUUGUUAUUCUGAACAAGUACAACGAGAUUGGAUCAGUUAUUGCAGCAAAAAUCAUUGGUUGCUUCUUGGUGGUCAUACUAGUAUGGGAGAUACCUGGAGUGUUUGAAUGGGUCUGGAGCCCAUUUUCUUUCCUGCUUGGUUAUACUGAUCCUAACCCUGCAAAAUCUCACUUUCCUCGUCUGCAUGAAUGGCAUUUCCGCUCAGGGCUUGAUCGCUAUAUCUGGAUAAUUGGAAUGAUUUAUGCUUAUUAUCAUCCAACUGUUGAAAGAUGGAUGGAGAAAUUGGAGGAAAUGGAAAUCAAGCGUAGAAUAUCAAUCAAAGCUGUUGUUGUGCUAAUAUCUUUACUGGUCGGUUAUUUAUGGUUCGAGUAUAUAUACAAGCUGGACAAGCUUGCUUACAACAAAUAUCAUCCAUAUACCUCAUGGAUCCCUAUAACCGUAUACAUAUGCCUGCGAAAUGUUACACAGAGUUUCCGAGGCUACACUUUGACCCUUUUUGCAUGGCUUGGAAAGAUCACAUUGGAAACCUACAUCUCCCAGAUCCAUAUCUGGUUAAGGUCUGGCGUUCCAGAUGGUCAACCCAAAUUAUUGCUUUCUUUAAUCCCAGACUACCCAAUGUUGAAUUUUAUGCUCGUUUCUUCUAUAUAUAUUGCAAUUUCUUACAGGCUCUUUGAACUGACAAAUAAACUAAAAAUAGCAUUUGUGCCAAGCAAAGACGAUAAACGUCUUGUAUACAACAUAGUUACAGCUACAACAAUCUCAGUUGUUUUAUAUUCCUUGUCCUUUGUCUUCCUAAGAUUACCUCAGAUGUGGGUAAGUGUUAAUGUGUAAUUGCCCUGAACUUUUUUUGGUCUGUGCCGGCUUUUAAUCUGUAAGCGUAACUCAUUGCUAUCCAUUAGUCGAUAUUAUGAUCAUGUAUGCAUCCACGCACAACUGAGUACAUGCAUGUAUAUCAAUGCAUAUUAACACAACUGCAUGCAGCAUUCAUUCAUGUCAAAACAUAUUUUACCUGGCAAGGAGUGAUGCUGAUGCAAAGAAAGCUGGUUAUCUUCAUUUUUGGACGGGAACCUUGUUGCAUUCAUUGAGCGUAAAUAAUUUAUGUAACGAGUUUGUUGUCUGGAAAAUCUUUUGAGCGCCCGUUUAUUAUAUUUUUUGUGUGAAAAGUCUUCUGAGGAAUUUUGAGAAGGUACGUGUUUAGCAUAGUUGGUACUCUAACAAGGACUUUGAUGGAUCAGCCGAUCAAAUACUUGUUAAAACUUGAACUUCAUUUAUUAAUUGUUAAUGUUUACUUAGAAGUUCUUGUUUCAUAUUAAAUUCUUUUAAUGGUCCUUUGAUAAUAUUCGCCCAUGAAAAUUUGCGCGGGGUUAGUCUGAAUGUUAUCUUACUGCAUAUUUCUUAUAAUAAAAAAUUCACAGGUUUGAGAGUGGAAGCAUUUAUGUCUUACUGCAUAUUACGGUUUGCUGCAAGCUUUUAUGCUGCUUUCCUGUGGACCCAAGGAAGAAUACUAAGCAACUUCUCAAAUUGUCAAACCAAAUUUUCAAUGAAGGACGCCUCUGUGUUCAUCCCGUUAUUGAGACUUUACAUACGCGUGAAUCAUUCUAGUAGGAUUCUGAAAGUUGUAUAGUUGGGGGCGGGUUGUGGAUGGCGUAUUGGCGCAUUUUUUUUUUUUUUUUUUAAUUCUUUUGGUUGUAAGUUAGAUCGAUUUAUUUCAGACGAGUAAGCGACAUGUAAAUACCAAUGUUUCAUUUAUAAUAGAUGUGAUAAGAUCAUCUUUGAUAAUAGUUUAA